AAAAUCACCCCUGUGUAUAGAGGCACAAAUUUGAGAGAACGGCAGUGCGUAACAGGCUUUAAACUACACUAGUUCGGAGGUUUUCGCGCGAUAAACAGCGAAGCGCCAUGAUUGGUCGGCGUAGAAAUUUGAUUCCGUUUCAUUCUUUCCUUUUCUUUCUCUCUGUCUCUCUUCUGGUUCGCGUCCACCGGCCGGCGUUAAAGAAAGACCGAGUAACGUUUCCCCAGGGAAGUCGUAAACGACGUCCAGAGAGACUCGAACCGAGCAGUUCCGAACAGUCUGUCAGAGACGGUGCUUUCGCGAACACGAUUCUCGUGCGUCGCUUCGUAAACGUGUGUGUACCGGUUCAAAAAAAGUUGUUACACACAGCUUCUACUAGACCCCUGGCAACGCGUUGUCGCUUGAAAACAAUGACUGUACGUUCCAGUGGUUAGAAGUAACGAAGAAAUUACUGGCACAUAGCAUUCAAACCGUCUUUUUUUUUUGAUCGAGGCCAGACGGCCACACUAGCUCUAGGAACGGCUCGACGCGUAUCGAUCUCAUACAAGGAAUUAUCCCUACUAAUUUCUAAAACUGGAAUUCAAGUUUUUAAACUAGCAGAACGGAGCUGCCAUCUCAGCGACUCCUCCACAUGUGGACAUCGCCGUCCCGACUCAGGAUCGGCCGAGCACCCAGGAAAAAGACGACACCUUAAGGUGAUAGCUGCUGCAGCAGCUACCGCGACCGGUGAACGAUGGAGAACACCAGGAGAAAGUUGUCUUUCCUUGGUUUUGGCAAGAGGGUAUCGGUCGACGGUCAUGGCGCGGAAACGGGACCGGAACUCGACGAGGAGAUGGAGAAGGUUUUCGCAAUGGAUACCGGAGAGAAGUUCGACGUAGCCCGACUCGGUUCCCCUUCAGAAUCGGCUGGAUCCGAUCGAGAACGAGAACGCGGACCACCAUCGCGAUAUGGAGAUCGCGACUUCAAUCAGCAUCGAAAAAGAAGUUACCCCCAUCCGCACAUGCCCUUGAAAAGUCUUCAUUCCAGGUCUAUGCGACGACAUCUUUCACCCGAAGGAUCCACAGCGGAAGCCGGUCAAGAAGAGGAGAACGGACAGGUUGUAACAGGAAAUGGCGGUGGACAUGAACUGGACACGAUGGACAAUGGAUUGUCUCCGACGAGCAUGCAGAACGCCGAUGACGAGACCACGGAAGAAAUGGAGAAUGUUGUCAGCAGCGAGAGCGAGGCACCGAUUUCGGAAAGGGCUGCUUCCGGUUUCAGCGACAGCCCGACCGUUGGCAGCCCACGCGUGCAAUUCGAGAAGAUCAAAGAGGAGGAGGUGCACAGUUUCAAAAAGGACGAGGUACCCAGUGGUGUCGGUGCAUCCGCGAACCACGAUGAGGAUCGAAAGUGUCGAAGACAUCAAAAACACGAGCACAAGUAAG